AUGUUUGGAAAGGGUGUCUACUUUGCCGAUAUGUCCAGCAAGUCCGCCAACUACUGUUGCUCUUACAACAGUGGAGGCAAGGGUCUGCUCCUCCUUGGUGAUGUCGAGCUUGGUGAUCCCAUGUACGAGCUUGUGAACUCCGACUACAAUGCUGGAGAUAAUGCAAAGAAGGCGGGCAGCUACUCCACUCUGGGUAUGGGUUCAACCGUUCCUGGGGCUUGGAAGGAUGCCGGCUGUGUCCACCCAGAUCUUGAGGGGACCCAGAUGCCUGAUGUCUCGGCGGGACCGGGGCAACGCAAGGACAGCCAGAGUUACUUGUUAUACAACGAGUACAUUGUCUACGACGUCUCCCAGAUUCGUCUGCGCUACUUGUUCUUUGUCGACAUGCGAUAA